GGCCUCACUUCACUUCACCUCAACCCGCCUCGGCCAAGUUAAACUUACUUGGAUCCACGAUCCUACAAAACAGAAAAAGGAAAAAUAAAAUAAGCGAAAACCAGGAAACCCCUCGACAACAUUUGCAAGCACUUGAGUUGGGUGGGUACGAUAACCGCUCUACCGUACUCUGUUUGAUUCCUUCGUCUCUGUGCGUGCGGAUAGCGACAAAGACGGGCUGAAGAUAAUUGCUUGCUGCAAACUGCGUCAGUCCGGUGGCUACCGGUAGAUCAGUUGGUCGGUCGGUCGCGGCAGAAGUGUCUCGGACUUCUCAAAGAGGGCGGGAAUCGGAAAGUUGAUUCCGAGGUUGAGUGUCUUCCUCCACUUAGGCGACGAGGACCACCAGAUACCGAGCGCAAGCAGGAGAGGAGAGCGAAACAAGCCUUGACCGAACGUAUCGGACUACGGUACAGCACGAUAGUACUGUAUUCGAGUACCGGUACUCGUACAUCCGCUCCGAUCCGGUGUCCCGCACUCCCCUCACCCCCACCAUUCACAACCCACCCCACCCCAAACCAACCAGCAAAAAAAGCAGAAUUACCAUGGCCGAUUCCUCAACCUCCGAAUCCCACUACUUCUCCAGCAACCCCCCGCCCCCCACCCUCUCGCAACACACGGCGCAGGCCAACGCCUUCGUAACCCACCACCACGCUCACUCUCGGCGUGUAGUGCUGCUGACCUCGGGCGGUACCACGGUCCCGCUGGAGAACCAGACGGUGCGCUUCAUCGACAACUUCUCCGCCGGCACCCGUGGUGCAACGUCCGCCGAGUACUUCCUUUCGCAAGGCUACGCGGUGAUAUUCCUACACAGGCAGUUCUCCCUGCUGCCAUUCAGCCGACACUACUCACACUCUACGAAUUGCUUUCUGGACUUUUUGUCCGAAUGGGGCCGCAUUGGCGAAGGCGAAGAGGGGGAAGAUGGAGGGGCAGCGACGCCGGAUGUGGUUGUCAAGGCAAAGUAUAGACGUGAGAUGCUCAGUGUCCUUAGGAAGUAUCGGAAGGCGAAGGAGCAGAAGUUGUUACUGUUACUCCCAUUCACGACCGUUACCAGUUACCUAUUCACGCUCCGUGCCAUCGCCUGCGAGAUGAGGUGUCUCGGGAACGAGGCUUUGUUCUACCUCGCUGCCGCUGUAUCCGACUUUUUUGUCCCGCCGGAUAGAAUGGCCGAGCAUAAGAUUCAGAGCGGGGACGUGCCCGAGAGCACUUCCGGCCCUAGUCCUGGAGGGGGAGGGGGUGGGAAGAAAUUGGUAAUCGACCUAGACCCCGUUCCCAAAUUCCUCAAGCGACUGGUGGAACAGUGGGCUCCUGAAGCUAUGAUCGUAUCUUUCAAGUUGGAAACGGACCCCGCCCUCCUCCUCAAAAAGUGCAACCAGAGUCUCGACCGCUACGCGCACCACCUUGUCAUCGGGAACAUCCUUGCUACGCGAAAAUACGAGGUCUUGUUCGUGGAGGAAGGGAGCGCUCAGUGGGUGCGUCUGCCGACGAGCGACGGAAACAGCGGUGGUAAUGAGGAGGUUGAGAUUGAAAGUCUGAUUGUACCCGAGGUUAUUAAGCGGCAUGAGAAAAUGUUGGCGAGGAAGGCUGCGAUACAUUAGACUAGAAUUUUUGAGUUGGCUUGACUAACUUGAUUGAUGG